UUCAUAGAUAAGAAACGAAUCCAGAAAGUUCUUGUCGCUGUCGUCUCUCAAAUUGACUGAUUACCGCUAGCCUACUUCCCCAAAAUUCCAUUCCAUGCACUGUGCUUCACCCCGACAGUAGAUUGAUCCAAUGGCGCUCGAGGCGGUGCAGGACGCCCCGUUGAGUGCAGUAUUGGAGCUGACCAAGGCGGCGCAGGCGAGCGGCGCCGACCCUCUAAUGUGGUCCAUGCAAUUGUCUUCCACCCUCACUGCGGCGGGGGUUUCCAUGCCCUCCGUUGAGGUGGCCGACCUCAUUGUUUCUCACAUUUGCUGGUCCAACAAUGUUCCUAUAGCAUGGAAAUUCCUCGAGAAGGCGCUCACUCUUCGUAUUGCUCCUCCUCUGCUCGUUCUCGCACAUCUUUCUGCUAGGGUAAUACCAAGUCGAAGGAGGUAUGCUGUAGCUUAUAGAUUGUAUAUGGAGCUUCUCCGAAGAUAUGCCUUCUCAUUGCCGUCUCUAAUCAAUGGUCCCAACUAUCAAAGGAUAAUGGAAUCUAUUAGUGAUGUGCUCCAAUUUCAUCAAACAUUUGGGGUUCAGUCCUCCGAACCAGGUUUUCUUCUUGUUGAAUUUGUAUUUUCAAUUGUAUGGGAGCUCCUCGAUGCGUCACUUGAUGAUGAAGCACUAUUAGAACUAACACCUGACAAGAAGUCAAGAUGGCCAAUCCGGAAUCAAGACAUGGAUAUUGAUCAUCUAGGUUCUUAUGAAGGAAAAAGAAUGGAAGGACAAGUGGCCAUGAGUAAGAUAAAUACUAUAAUGGCUAUUGAAAUAAUUGGUGAAUUUUUUCGGAACAAAGUAACUUCCCGGAUUCUUUUUUUGGCCUGUCGAAACAUGCCAGUGCUGUGGGAAUCCUUCAUUCAACAUUUAAGACUGCUGGCAGAAAAAUCGGCAUCUUUAAGAAACUCAAAAGAUAUCACUUCAGAUGAACUAUUGCAGUUAACAUCUGAUCCACACCAUGUUUUGUCACAUGAAUUCCGACUAAACUCAAAACAACACUUCCAUUCGGUAUCAGCAAGGUCACAUAUGUCAUCUGUCGCACAUUGUCAUGGCAUAGUUCAUUCAGCAUUUUGGGUUCCCAUAGAUAUAUAUUUAGAAGAUGCAAUGGAUGGUUCACAAGUUAGAGCUAUUAGUGCUGCUGAAACUCUUGCAGGUUUAGUAAAGGCUCUGCAAGCUCUAAAUCAGACCUCUUGGCAAGACACAUUCCUUGGUUUAUGGACUGCAGCUCUGCGUCUUGUUCAAAGGGAGAUGAAUUCAAGUGAGGGUCCUGUUCCUCGCCUUGAUACUUGUUUAUGCAUGUUAUUGUCAAUCACAAUACUUUCAGUUGUAAAAAUCAUUGAAGACGAGGAGACUGCAGUGGUUAGUGAAGCUGAAGAAAUCUCCACGGGACAGAGAAAAGAUAUUAAGCAAGAGGCAAAGUGUCGUCAAGAGUUAGUUUCCAGUGUGCAGCGAUUACAUGAUUUUGAAGGGUUGUUGUAUCCUCCUCCACCUGUAAGUUCAUUGGCUAAUCAAGCUGCUGCAAAAGCUAUGCUAUUCCUUUCGGGCAUAACAGUCAGCAAUGGGCAGAUUGAUGGCAUGAGCUUGAAUGAGAUGUCCUUGACUAAUUCUGGAAACCUUUGGCACCUAAUUGUCGAAGCCUGCAUUGCUAGAAAUCUUUUGGACACAUCAGCAUAUAUGUGGCCUGGGUAUGUAAAAGGUCUUGGCAGCCAAAUUCCUCGUAACAUUCCUGGAUCAGUGCCUGGUUGGUCAUCAUUCAUGAAAGGGUCUCCCCUAACUCCUCCUAUGGUCAGUGCCUUGGUGUCAACUCCAGCUACUAGCUUUGCAGAGAUAGAGAAAUUGUAUGAAAUUGCUGUCAGUGGUACAGAUGAUGAGAAAAUUUCUGCUGCUACAGUAUUCUGUGGGGCUUCACUAAGUCGUGGUUGGAACAUUCAGGAGCAUACAGGUCUUUUGAUCAUAAGAUUGCUUUCACCUGCUGUUCCCAAAGAUUUUUCUGGAAGUGAGAGCCAUUUGAUAGGUUAUGCUCCAUUUUUGAAUGCUCUUCUCAUCGGAAUAUCACCUAUUGAUAUUAUUCAGAUUUUCUCAUUGCAUGGGUUGGUUCCUGAACUUGCAGCUGUGUUGAUGCCAAUAUGUGAAGUGUUUGGUUCUUGUGUACCCAAUACGUCCUGGACUCUUCAUACAGGGGAGAAAAUUUCUUCGCAUGCUGUAUUUUCAGAUGCAUUCACUCUGUUGCUAAAAUUAUGGAGAUUUUAUCAGCCACCUCUGGACUAUGUACUCGGAGAUACUGCUCCUGUGGGAGCUCAUUUAACUCCUGACUAUCUAUUAGUAGUGCGCAAUUCUCAGUUAGCAUCGUAUGGGAAGCAUCCAAAAAGCCAAAAUAAGUCUAACAAAAUGUCCAAAAUUUUACAUCCAUCUUCUGAAGUUCCCAUAUUUAUGGAGUCUUUUCCUAAGUUAAAGCAGUGGUAUAGGAAGCAUCAGGAAUGCAUUGUAUCGACUCUUUCUGGCAUGGCUCCUGGAAAUCCUGUUCACCAGAUUUUUGAGGCACUUCUGAGCAUGAUGUUUAGAAAAACCAACAGAGGAAGUCAAUCGGGCACUACUUCAACCUCUGGUAGCAGCAGCUCGUCUGCAUCUGGAACAGAUGAUUUCUCACUUAGUCUCAAAUUUCCUGCUUGGGAUAUUCUUGAAGCUGUACCAUUUGUCCUUGAUGCUGCUCUUACUGCCUGUGCCCACGGGAGUCUAUCCCCCCGUCAAUUGACAACUGGGCUCAAAGACCUUGCCGAUUUCUUUCCUGCGUCUUUGGGAGCAAUCGUGAGUUAUUUUUCAGCAGAGGUGACUCGAGGAAUUUGGAAACCUGCUUCAAUGAAUGGAACAGAUUGGCCGAGCCCAGCUGCAAAUUUGUCCACAAUUGAACAACAGAUAAAAACAAUUUUAGCUACCACAGGUGUUCAUAUACCAUGUCUUGCUGCUGGGGGAAGCUCACCUCUGACACUUCCAUUACCCCUGGCGGCCUUCGUUAGUUUCACAAUAACAUAUAAACUUGAUAAAGAUACAGACCGUUAUCUAAACUUGGUCGGUCCAGCCUUGACUAACCUUGGAACAGGUUGCCCCUGGCCAUGUAUGCCUAUGAUAUCAGCACUUUGGGCGCAAAAGGUGAAACGUUGGAAUGAUUUUAUUAUUUUCUCUGCGUCCCAGACUGUGUUUCACCACAGUAAUCUUGCCGUAGUUCAACUCGUUAAAGUCUGCUUUACAGCUGCCCUUGGAUUACAUUCUUCUUCUGUUACUAACAAUGGUGGUGUGGCUGCUCUUUUGGGGCAUGGUUUUGGAUCUCACUUUUCUGGUGGUUUUUCAGCCGUUGCCCCCGGCAUACUAUACCUAAGAGUGCAUCGAGCUGUUAGAAAUGUUCGGUUUCUGACAGAAGAAAUUGUGUCUAUUUUAAUGGAAGCAGUCAAAGAUAUUGCAAGUAGUGGUUUGCCGACCAAGCAAAAGGAGAGGCUGAAGAAGACGAAGUUCAACAUGAAGUAUGGUCAGGUUUCGCUUGCUACUGCCAUGUCUCAAGUGAAGGUUGCAGCUUCGCUCGGUGCAUCUUUACUUUGGAUUGCAGGUGGAAUAAAUUCAGUGCAUUCCCUUAUUAAAGAAAUAUUACCCUCGUGGUUCAUCUCUAGUCGUGGCUCAGAGCCGAAUGGAGAGGAAAUGGGAGGCUCUGUAGCUAUGCUGUGCGGCUAUGCACUUGCUUACUUCAUUGUAUUUUCCGGAACAUACGGUUGGGGAGUGGAUUCAACAUCAACGGCAUCCAAGUACCGACCAUACUAUCUAAAGAAGCACUUGGAAUUUUUCGCAAGCGCCCUCGAGGGAAAAAUAACUCUCGGGUGUAGUAAAGCUACGUGGAGGGCAUAUGUCACCGGGUUUUCCACUCUCAUGGUGAGCUGCACUCCCAAAUGGAUGACGGAAGUCGAUGUGGAUGUUUUGAAGAGAGUCAGCAAGGGUUUGAAACAAUUGAAUGAAGACGAACUCGCCUUGGCCCUUCUUGGAAUAAGCGGAAUUCAUGCUAUGGGUACUGCAGCCGAAAUGAUCGUAGAAGCCGGGAUCUGAAUCUUAUUCAUGAAUCAAUCACACUGAUUUUUCAGUUUGGUAGAUAGACAAACAAGCCAGGAAUUCUGCUCUAAUCACUGUCCUUAGCAUCCGCAUAUGGUAUGUAUGUAUGUAUGUAUGUCUGUAUUUACGUAUUCCUUAGAACAGAUCGGAAAUGUUGUCGGAUUUUUGUUGCCUAUAAACUUCUGUCUCCUUCAUGAGCUUUCAAUA